GGGAUGUGAGCCCUACGCUAGGCAGCUGCGACAGGCAGCAGGCGUGCGGCUCUCAGCCAGCCUGAAUCCCAUUGGCCCUCAGGACGCGCUCCGAGCUGCUCCUCUCCUCCAGGGCACAGAGGCUGCCCACUGGUCCCCGCAGCUCGGUUUGGAGAAAUUCUUUGCCUGGCUGGCAAGGAGAGCAAGACUGGGCUCUGGCGGCUCCCUAGAGCACGCUUCAUGGUGGAGACUCAGGGAUGAGAAACCCGGGGAUGAGAGGCGGAAGGCAACACGGGCACUGACAGGACUCCAAGAAGGCUACCGGCCACCAGCAGCCAGAUGAACAGGCUGGGUCAAAUGCUCUAGCUAGGUGCAUGCGCCUGGUGGAGCGCGCAGGUCGGACUGUGCUCUCCGCGGUCCGCCCUGCGCUGGUGCCCGGCCGGUACCAGGAUGGGCACUGGAGCCCCAGGGCCGCGCCCGCUACAGCCCGGCGUCCCUCCUGCGUCCUGAGCUCAUGGACGGCGACUCCAGGCUGGCAGCGGCGCGCCCCCGGGCUGUGAAUGCGACUCGCUCAUCGUCCGCGCUCCCCGCCCGCCCGCCCGCCGGGACGUGGUAGGGGAUGCCUAGCUCCUCUGCGAUGGCAGUUGGCGCGCUCUCCAGUUCCCUCUUGGUCACCUGCUGCCUGAUGGUGGCUCUGUGCAGUCCGAGCAUCCCGCUGGAGAAGCUGGCCCAAGCUCCUGAGCAACCCGGCCAGGAGAAGCGCGAGCACGCGUCUCGGGACAGCCCGGGGCGGGUGAGCGAGCUCGGGCGCGCCUCGAGGGACGAGGGCAGCAGUGCCCGGGACUGGAAGAGCAAGGGCAGCCGCGCGCUCUCGGGCCGGGAGGCGUGGAGCAAGCAGAAGCAGGCCUGGGCUGCCCAGAGCGGGAGCGCCAAGGCCGCGGACUGGCAGGUCCGGCCUCGAGGGGAUACCCCACAGGGGGAGCCCCCGGCCGCCGCCCAGGAAGCUAUCAGCCUGGAACUCGUUCCCACACCGGAGCUGCCUGAGGAAUACGCCUACCCCGACUACCGCGGGAAGGGCUGCGUGGACGAGAGUGGCUUCGUGUAUGCGAUCGGGGAGAAGUUCGCCCCAGGUCCCUCAGCCUGCCCGUGUCUGUGUACGGAGGAGGGGCCCCUUUGCGCACAGCCAGAGUGCCCACGGCUUCACCCGCGCUGCAUCCACGUCGACACCAGCCAGUGCUGUCCGCAGUGCAAGGAGAAGAAGAACUACUGCGAGUUCCGGGGCAAGACCUACCAGACUUUGGAGGAGUUCGUGGUGUCUCCAUGUGAACGGUGUCGCUGUGAAGCCAAUGGUGAAGUGCUGUGCACAGUGUCGGCGUGUCCCCAGACGGAAUGUGUGGACCCCGUAUAUGAGCCUGAUCAGUGCUGCCCGAUCUGCAAAAACGGUCCAAACUGCUUUGCAGAAACCGCUGUCAUCCCAGCUGGUAGAGAGGUGAAGACUGACGAGUGCACCAUAUGUCACUGUACUUAUGAAGAGGGCACGUGGAGAAUUGAACGGCAAGCCAUGUGCACGAGACAUGAGUGCAGACAAAUGUAGACUUCACAAUACAGAAACUCUUAUGUUUUUCUAGAAUAUUUUACUAAUGUGACAUUCUAGAUGACUCUGAGAAAUAUCAAUCAAAAACAGAAGACUUUGGAUAAGGAGUCAAGGAAAAUGGUUGGUACUUUUGUUUUUCUUGGUAACAAAUACAGCAAGAGACAGAAAUGGAUGUAUUUCAAACCAUCAAUAAGAACUCCCUCUCUAAAUAAAUGUGCUAUUUUCACAGUAAGUACACUAAAGUUCACUAUUAUAUAUUAAAUGUGUUUCUAUAAUCCCUCUAUUAGAGUCUUAUAUAUUAAAAAAAUGCUGUUGUCAACCGUCCUCACUGUGUACCGGUAUAUCUUUGUUAGCCUUCACUGCAUCACAAGAGGGUGCUAGUGGUUCCAGGAAACUCACCUGCACAUGGAAUGCUCUACUCCACAAAAAACUCCAGAAAAUAAUGAGUGCUUUAUAUAAAAAUCCUGUUCAAAUGCUAUGUAUCUAAUGCUUAAAACACAAUCUAAUUUACACAAACAGACUUAUUUUAUUAACCCAUUUCCCUUAAUAGUUUAUUCUUAGUCAUUUGUAAUAUGGAGGUAUAAAGAUUACUAACAGGUACUGUCUCAGUUCUCAUAGCAGCCCAUAAAUAAACACUUAUGUGCAUUUCAUUUUUAUCCAUGGUACCUAUUCUUCUAAGCAUGAUAUCAAUUCAUUUUCUGAGCAAAAGGAAGGCUGGGAUAUCUCUGUUAGUGUCCAUGGAGCUGGGAUGUUAUAAAAAUGAGGGGAAGGGAGUCUUUGGAUUCUCCAGAAAAUAGUUAAGAAAAGUCAAAUUUCUGAAUAAGUUUAUGCUUGAAAUAUAAAAUAUGCCACAGACAUCUCAGGAGUCAGCACAGUGUUCCUAUACUGCUAGUUAAGAUAGAUAUCUGUCCUCAGUAAUAGACAUAGUGAGAUGAUAAAUGGA